UAUUUGGCAGGAAGGUGCGGAGGCCUCGCUCCUGGCAGCGGCUCCCGCACAGGCAGAAGGCAGGAUCCGAAUGUGGCAAGGGAGAGGAGGGCUAAGCGGCGGCGGCAAAGGAGGAGGGGGCCAAGCGAGACAAGGGGAGCCGCCGCAGCAACCGCCGCCGAGGAGCUGAGCGGCCUGGCCGAGCAAGCGGGGCUGGCGAAGCCUCUGCAGCACUGGCCCCCCCGCCGACGCCACCCCCCCGCCGGGCACCGCACGCCCGCCCGGGUGGAGGCGGAGGCGGCGGAGGAGGAGGAAGCGGCGGCGGCGAAGAAGAAGAAGGGGGCUCGGGCAGCAGAAUAUUAUAACUGAGUGAGCAACUGGGGAUUGAAGAUAAUCCUGGUUUGGAGUUUGGAUUGUUAUACUUAUUAUUCCAAGACUGAGGAGAACUUCACAACACCAAAUAGAACUGGAUUUUCACCCUAGUUCAGCAGCUUUGCUGCUCACUUAAAUACAGAUGAAUGAAGACCCCAUUUGGAAAGGCACCAGGUCAGCGAUCCAGAGCUGAUGCAGGGCAUGCAGGUGUAUCUGCCAGCAUGAUGAAGAAGAGAGCUUCCCACAAAAAGCAUCGAAACAACGUGGGACCAAGCAAACCCAUUUCUCAACCCAGAAGAAAUAUUGUAGGCUGCAGAAUACAGCAUGGAUGGAAAGAAGGGAGUGGACCUGUGACACAGUGGAAAGGCACAGUCCUAGAUCAGGUUCCUGUAAAUCCCUCUCUCUACCUUAUUAAAUAUGAUGGAUUUGAUUGUGUCUAUGGACUAGAACUGCACAAAGAUGAGAGGGUUUCGGCACUUGAGGUCCUUCCAGAUAGAGUUGCUUCAUCUAGAAUCAGUGAUGCCCACCUGGCAGACACAAUGAUUGGCAAAGCAGUAGAACAUAUGUUUGAGACAGAAGAUGGCUCAAAAGAUGAAUGGAGGGGAAUGGUCUUGGCUCGAGCACCUAUAAUGAACACAUGGUUUUAUAUUACCUAUGAGAAGGAUCCUGUCUUGUACAUGUACCAACUCUUAGAUGACUAUAAAGAAGGUGAUCUCCGUAUUAUGCCUGAUUCCAAUGAUUCGCCUCCAGCAGAACGGGAACCUGGUGAAGUUGUGGACAGCCUAGUGGGAAAACAAGUGGAAUAUGCCAAAGAAGAUGGCUCAAAAAGGACUGGCAUGGUCAUUCAUCAAGUUGAAGCCAAACCCUCAGUCUAUUUCAUCAAGUUUGAUGAUGAUUUCCAUAUUUAUGUCUAUGAUUUGGUGAAGACCUCCUAGACACCACCAUGCGAACUUUUGCCAAACUUGUGGAACUUCAGUGUAAAAUUUGUAGACAUAAAGACUUAACUGCUUUCCAGUUUAUUUGAAAGCUUAAAUGUCCCUGCGAGCUCACAAUCUCUGCCAGGAAAACUAUUCCAUUGUGAACUAUACAAAUAGACUUUUAUGUGAACAUGACACAUUUUGUGUAGGGAAACUCCUUUUCUUGAAGGACAUCUUUGGGGGUGGGGAGGGGGGAUGUGGAUGAAGUUAGAGAAAACAGCAGCUGCAAAUUCAAGCUGUGUAAGUGGAUCUAGCAAUGUAAUCAUUAAUCUGAUUUUCCCCAAUUAUAACUUUCCCUCAGCUUCUCACUUAACUGUUCAACUGCCACAUGCAAGUGUAGCUUGAUAUUAUAUUGCUUUCAUGUAUGUAACAUUAAGUUUUCUUGUCUGGCAGUUCUUGUUUCCAGGGUUUGGGCAGAGAUGAUUACAAAAUGUUUUAAGCAGUGUUAAGGAGUGCCUAACCCAAUUAACAUCAGUGUACUGUGUUCAGGUUAGCUGUUAAGCUGCAAUUACAUGAGACUUUUGUACAUUUUAGUUGCAGGAAAAUGGAACAUGAUAUACAUGUAACACAGCUGAUGAGAAAAUGCAGAGUAAGAGCCCAUAUUUGCAAAUGUAGGACCUGGUCAAAGUAUUUAGAACAAGGAUGCCUUCAGUUCUCGUCGUUGUAGGUAUUUUUGUUAACUUCUAGCAGAACCCAGGUGCUUGGUGCCAUAGCAGUCUAGUAAUUCAUGUUAACGUUAAAGAAUACUACACAGCAACUACUGGGUGUUUCAAUAUCAAAACUAGCAACCUAGAUUCUUGUGUGUGGACUGAAAUCUGUUACAUGUAAAGACAAACCUCACGAAAGAAGAGUCCUCAUACAUUAAAGACUUGUGUUGCAGAGAAGGAAAAUCAUUUGUUGCCUUCUGUUUUGAUCUGCUGCAUUCCUUCUCAUUUUAUUGUCUUUUGUUGAAGAAGGCACCUACCUUUUCUUCCUGGCCUUCUUGGGGGUGCGUCCAGACAAGACAUACAACUCAAACCUGUUGUCGCCUUUUGUGCUGUACAUUGUAUUUGCUUGAGGUAUGCUGUUUAAUGUGAACUUCAUUAAAAGAACGCUAGGGUUCUGCAUGCUAAUGGUGUACUCUCUAACGAAAGCUAGGCAGUCUCCAUGGUUCAGUCAUCUACAGCAGAUUGUGGAUGUAAAUAAGCAGCCCACAGCCACAGAAUUCACCCUUGUUUUUGUUUUUUAUUUCUGUUCUUUGUAAAGUGGUAGGUUGGUGUGGCAGCUUUUUAAAGUAAUCAGUGGAAAAAUAUCGGAACAGCAACAAAGUUGAGGUAGGGCACUGCAGUUAUUAAAGAACUGCUUUGCACAAGUAAAUGAGAAUUAAACACCAUUGUUUAGAUAUGGCUUAGAGAAGGAGUAAAAAGUGUUGCUGAUCAGCUUUCUGAGGUCCAGAUUACCUCCAGUGUGAGUAAACAUAUUAAAACUUCAUGUGGUUUAAACCUUUUUUUAUUUUUGCCUGAAUUCAUAUUGUAGCCUUAAGGCUUGUGCCUCAUUAUGCUCUUUAAUGGUAAUAAAUACUCACCGUAUAAAUACAGUAUCUUAAAAUCUCUUGUCCAUUGCUACUGUUGCAUUAUGUCCAGUAUUUCAUCAUGGGCAACCAAAGGCAAGCUAUUGUCUUUUCCAUGAAGAGCUUCUCAAAUGCAGUCCUUAAGCCCUAAGUACCUGAGUCAUAAAUGUUCCUGUGUUCUUGAACAAAGUGAGCAGAUUUGCAACCCAGUGUUCUUCAUCCUGCAGAUCUGUAUGUUUUCUAUUGACUCUUUAGAGUCCUGCAUGUAAAUCUCAAAGCUGAGCCUGGCUCCAUGAGCCCAAGUUGAUAUUUGUGGCACAAGAAUGAGUGAGUGUAUUGAACACACACAAGAUACACACAUAAACGUACUUUUGAAUUAUGGGCUACAUAAACAAUGAAUCCAAGGUAUGUCUUGCUGAGGAUUAAGUAGACCGAAAAUGUCGCGUUCCAAGAGCUUGCGAUUGCAGGGGAGAGGGGUGUUCUGCAAGUCUCUUAAUACACCACAUUCUGCCAGUUUAGAGUAAACUAUAUUCUGUAUAAAUUGUAUGGUUUUUUAAGUGUCCACAUCAUCUGCUUUUUUGAUAGCUUAGACCACCUUAUUUUUUAUUUUUAGGCUUGAGACUAAUUCUACACCCUGCCCAUCUGCUUUGGGCUUUGUUUUAGGCUCAUGUUUCAGAUCUGCAUGCAGUGCUUGUUACCCUGGUAACUCAAUGUUGAUUCCUUGUUCUAAGGGUUCAACAUGGUUUUCCAAGUUAUCAUGGGGCUUGUGGUGGCACAAGCUAUGGAUCUGUGUAUAAAAGUUACUGGCCUUUCUCCAUUUACCUGCUGUAGUAUUGUAUAUUGUGUGUUUUGCGUGAUGUCAGGCUGCCCUGUAAAAAUUUAAAAGACAAACUUAAAUUCAGACCAUCCCUUUUUUGCAUGCUUAGAAAAUAGAAUGUUCAAUGUAACAAACUUAAAAGUUGCAUGUUAAAAAAAUGUUUAGGUUUUUAGGUUUUUUAUUUUGUAUUUUUUGUGAAUUUGCUUAUUGUGCUGUUUUAAUGGUGGUUAGUAGGAUUAAAUGCACUGGUGAGGCAAACAUAGUGCCAACAGGAGGUAACUUUCCAGUUGUAUGUGUCAUGCAGCGUUUGAAGGGACCAUGUACUCCGCUCAAAAUGUAAUAAAAAAUCAGUUGAAUUCAACACUAUGCUUUUUUGUGCCAAAUCCUAAAUUAAGUUGAAGUAGAAUCAUAUUAAAAAUCCCAAAUAAUAAUGGGGAAAAGCCUUUUUUGCUGGAUACAUUCUUAACCUUAAAUUGGUACACUUCAAAUAUAAAGGCUUCUCCACAGAUAUAUUAAUUGCAACCAUUUCAGAGAACCAAAAAAAAAGUUUGUGGUUCCUUGGAAAUGCUGUGCUUUUUGUAUUUUACAUCUUUAGUGCAAUUUGGAUGGUUCUUGGUAUGUGUAUAGUUCAAAGGUCUUCGUGUUCACAUUUUAAAAUUAGGUAAAUGACUUCAUCUCUAGAGCUUGGUUUAUUUUUUUUAUUUUUUUUUAACAAUGUAGACAGUUCCCUGUUCUCUGCAUUUAGAAGUAUAAACACUUUAAAUCUGUUACUUAAUUCUGUAAGUAAUUUUUAUAAUUAUGAUGUAACUCUAUCCUUAAAACAUUUAAAAUAAACCCUUUAUGUGCAA